AUUCACUCUCCUUUUCUUUUCUUUUCUUUUCCUUUGCUGCUUUUGUCUUCACUUCAAAACCUUCUCAUCUAUGGAUUAUUUAUAAAUGGGAUAGAAUAAUAGAUCCCCAGUUAUAUGAGCAACUUUGCAUUCUGAGUGUAGAAUAUCAACACUAUAUAUUUCACUCAAAACUUUCAGCUUCAUGUAUCUCAAACAAUUGUGACCGUAAUAAACUCAUAUCACUCCUUUACUUGAAAAUUUGGUCAGAGGUGAAAAGGCAGAAGGGAAAAUGGGGAAGGAUGGAUCACCAAAACCUCAUACUCCGUUUGAAACAAGGAGAAACCGUUUGACAUGGAUUUUAGGGGUGAGUGGACUGUGCAUUUUAUCAUACGUAAUGGGUGCAUGGAGGAACACUCCAACACCCAAUAGCCAAUCUGAUAUCUACUCCAAAGUAGACUGCAAUGUUGGGUCAAGUUCACCAGGCAUUGCAUCUUCAUCUUCAGCAGUUCAAUCAUCAACAACAAACUUAGAAUUUGAAAGUCAUCAUCAAAUUGAUAUAGCAAAUUCUGGAGGGACACAAGAUAUCCCACCAUGUGACAUAUCACUCAGUGAGUACACUCCGUGCCAAGAUCGAGAUAGGGGUCGAAGAUUUGACCGUAAUAUGUUGAAGUAUAGGGAGAGGCAUUGCCCCAGCAAAGAGGAACAAUUAUUUUGUCUUAUACCAGCUCCACCAAAGUAUAAGCCACCUUUCAAAUGGCCUCAAAGCAGAGAUUAUGCUUGGUAUGACAAUAUUCCACACAAAGAGCUCAGCAUUGAGAAAGCCAUUCAAAACUGGAUUCAAGUUGAAGGUGACAGAUUCAGAUUCCCUGGAGGAGGUACCAUGUUUCCACGUGGAGCUGAUGCAUACAUUGAUGACAUUAAUGAGCUUAUUCCACUCACCACCGGUACUAUCAGAACUGCAAUUGAUACCGGGUGUGGUGUUGCAAGUUGGGGUGCUUAUCUUUUGAAAAGGGACAUCAUAGCUAUGUCCUUUGCACCAAGGGAUACACAUGAAGCUCAGGUCCAGUUUGCAUUGGAAAGAGGAGUUCCAGCAAUGAUAGGUGUCAUGGCUUCACAGAGAACUCCAUACCCGGCAAGGGCGUUCGAUAUGGCUCAUUGUUCUCGUUGCUUGAUCCCUUGGCAAAAAUAUGAUGGUUUGUACUUGAUCGAAGUGGAUAGAAUUCUGAGGCCUGGUGGCUAUUGGAUUCUCUCUGGGCCACCUAUUCGAUGGAAGACCUACUGGAGAGGGUGGGAGAGGACCCAAGAGGAUUUGAAGCAGGAACAAGACUCCAUUGAGGAAGUGGCAAAACGCAUAUGCUGGACCAAAGUGGUUGAGAAGGAUGACUUAUCCAUUUGGCAAAAGCCUAAAAACCACGUCGGAUGUAAACAAACCAAACAGGUUUAUAAAACACCACAUAUAUGCCAAUCCGACAAUGCUGACACGGCUUGGUACCAAGAUUUGGAGAAAUGCAUAACUCCAUUGCCAGAAGUUAGCAGCUCAGACAAAAUAGCUGGUGGGGCACUAGAAAAAUGGCCUAAGCGUGCAUUUGCCGUCCCUCCUCGAAUUAGCAGUGGUUCAAUCCCGAACAUCGAUGAGGAGAAAUUUCAAAAGGACAACGAAUUGUGGAGGGAAAGAAUAGCACAUUACAAGCAUCUGGUUCCUCUUCACCAAGGAAAAUAUAGAAACGUGAUGGACAUGAAUGCUUAUCUUGGUGGGUUUGCAGCAGCCUUAAUGAAAUAUCCAGUGUGGGUUAUGAAUGUUGUUCCCUCAAAUUCAGACCAUGACACACUCGGUGCAAUUUAUGAACGAGGUUUUAUUGGAACUUACCAAGAUUGGUGCGAAGGAUUCUCAACUUAUCCAAGAACGUAUGAUCUCAUCCAUGCUGCUAAUGUUUUUGGCAUAUAUCAGGACAGGUGCAACAUUACUCUUAUAUUACUGGAGAUGGAUAGAAUUUUGAGGCCUGAAGGUACUGCUAUAUUCAGAGAGACAGUGGAGCUUCUGGUGAAGAUUAAAACCAUUACUGAUUCAAUGAGAUGGAAAAGCAAUAUAAUGGAUCAUGAAAGCGGACCCUUCAACCCUGAAAAGAUUCUUGUUGCUGAAAAAACUUACUGGACUGCAGAAGUUAAAGACAAACCAGUCUAGCAGAUAGAGUUAUUUUUAAAAUUCUGUGUUCUUUUAUACCUUUUUGUUUUACUUUUUAGAAAUUAAAUUGUAAUUAGAUGCUUGUUUUUUACCUUGCAUUUUUGUCUAGCCAUAUUCUUCCUAUUUUAUUCCCUUAUUUAAAUUAAUUCAUCAGAACUUCCCAAAAUCAUUAUC